AUGCCGCCGCCACCCCCUACCCUCGACCUCACUCUCAUCGUGGCCGCGACCCGCACCAUGGGCAUCGGCCGCAGCGGCACCCUCCCCUGGACAGGCCUCAAGCGCGAAAUGGCGUACUUUGCCCGCGUCACCAAGCGCCUGCCGGCCUCGGCCCCGCCGACGGCCCUCAACGCCGUCAUCAUGGGCCGCAAGACGUGGGAGAGCAUCCCGCCGCGCUUCCGGCCGCUCAAGGGGCGGCUCAACGUCGUCAUCAGCAGGUCUGCCGCCCCCGCUGCGGCCGGGGCCGCGCACGAGGUGGACGUCGAGACGGACGCCGUCAGGGUGGCGUCGCUGGAGGAGGCGGUCCGGUUCCUCGAGGCGUGGCCGCGGCCGCUGGGCCGGGUCUUUGUCAUUGGCGGGGCGCAGAUCUACGGCGCCUCACUGGCGAGGAGGGAGGCGAGGCGGGUUCUGCUGACGAGGGUCGGCGGGCCCGAGUUUGAGUGUGAUGCCUUCUUCCCGCUGAACCUGGGGCAGGCGGAGGGGUGGGUGAAGAGGGACAAGGGGGAGCUGGAUGCUUGGGUCGGCGAGGAGGUCGACGCUGGCGAGCAGGAGGAGAAUGGAACGCGAUAUGAGUUUCAGUUGUGGGAGAAGGAGGAUCAAGCUUAG